CAGGGAGCGCUCAGUGUCUGCAAGUCAUUGGCAGGAGAGAAGAUCUGAGCUGAACUGCUGGGGGAUGUGUUACAGAGUAACAGAAGAAAGCUGUCAGUGUUACAACAAAGAGCAACCAACGCGGACAAACAAGUAACGAAUGACUUAAAUCGGCGGUGCUUUGCGCUGGAACCAUGAACCGGACCGGGCAGGGAGUGCUUUGUGUGGUCCUGUGGCUGCUUCUUGGAGAAAGCUCGGUUCGUUUGGGAAGUUGCGCACCAACUGUGAGCACUGGUGAUGAUUCCUUUAGUAUUCAGCACGAAGGCACCGGGAAGUGCUUCCUGGUCCAGAAGGGAUCUCUUACGCUGGGAAACUGUUCCUCAGCGACGGCACGGUCGUGGAAGUGGGGCGCAGGACAUCGGCUCUUCCACACCGGUUUAUCUGCCUGCCUGGGAUUGAACAUUACCUCCAAAACGCUGUCUCUCCUCACCUGCUCCAGCGACCCCAGCUUGGAAUGGCGAUGUUCCGAGGGAUAUAUCAUUACCAUCUUUCAGAUGAAGCUGAGCGUCACGGCCGGCGGGAACGUCACCGCUAAGAGGGACGCGUCCGAUUCGUGGAGAAGAGGAGGCACGACCGAGGCCAUCUGUGAACAACCGUACCGAACCAUUCACACUAGUGGUGGUAACGCUAAUGGCGCACCCUGUAUGUUCCCCUUCUUGUACAACAACGUCUGGCACCACAGCUGCCUCGAUCCCGAUGCCACCCGCUCUCUCGCCUGGUGCUCCACCACUGAGAACUAUGAUGAGGAUCAAAAGUGGGGCAACUGUUUAAAAUAUGAGGAGGGAUGCGGUGCAUUAUGGGUCGGCCCCUAUGAUGGUCAGUGUUACCAGGUGGUUUCGACAGCGACGGUUUCUUGGCACGAGGCUCGGGAUGCCUGCCGUAGUCAGGGAGGGGACUUGCUCAGUGUCGCCGGUCCUCACGAACUGCAGAAAUUAACUCAAGGUUUACCAGAGCAGCUGUGGAUUGGGCUGAACCAACUGGACUGGGCCCAGGGGUGGCAAUGGUCCGAUGGAUCUCCUUUAAUUUAUUCUCCAUGGGAACCAGAGCAGCCCAUGUGGAUGUCCCCGGAGUGCGGGGUGCUGCACCCUAGUUUGCGCUUCGCCGCCGAGUCGUGUGAGAACAAGCUGCCGUACGUCUGUGAGAAAAACGAGCACGCCAGCCGGACGGCGACGACGGAUAAUCUGGUGUACAAGGAAACGGAGUGUGAGAGCGGAUGGUUCCCAUGGCGAGGUUCUUGCUACAACCUUUACGGAACACAGAUGGCCGAAAGGAAGAUGUACGCAGACGCACAGCAAGAGUGCCUGAAGCAUGGAGCUCAGCUGGCCAGCAUCCAUAGUCUGGGAGACAUGCACAUGCUCAACAUGCACUUUACAGGAAAAACCCUGAACCCGUGGAUCGGUCUGAAGGCUGACAGCAACACCGAGGUCUUUAAAUGGGAAGAUGGAACGAACGCGUCGUUCACGUACUGGGCGCGUAAUCAACCGCCGAUGCUGAAGCCCAACACCACAGGCUGCGUGGUGCUCUCUGAUUUGAUUCAGACAUGGUCUGUAGAUUCCUGUGGCACAACAAAGUCGUUUCUGUGUAAGAAACCCGGCACGGUGAAGGAGAGCGAGGCAGAGAAUAACUGCCCACGAGAUGGGGAUUGGAGGAGGUAUAAAAACGCGUGCUAUAAAGUCGACGCUCGUGAAGUCUCUUAUAAAAACAGCUGUAAACUCGUCAUUAAUGAUCGAUUUGAGCAGGCUUUUGUUAACAGCCUGUUGAAGGAGCAGGCGAGAGGUAAGCAGCAGUUUUUCUGGACGGGGCUCCAGGACACCAAAGGCACAGGAGAGUACCAGUUGUUCAGCCAGAGCGGGCAGGCGAGCAGAGUCACGUACACCAACUGGAAAUGGGGAGAACCAGGUAAAGCAGGAGGUUGUGCAGUGAUGUCUACGAAUCCAAUGGGUCAGUGGUCUGUAGAGAAUUGUACCGAGUUUAAAGCUGGUAGCAUCUGUAAGAGUCCCAUCGCUUCAGAACCUCCUGCCCCAACUUUACCACCGGAGUCAAAACUCAAUGCCACCUGCCCCCCAGGAUGGGUUACUCGACCUGGAAUGAAGUACUGUUACAAGAUCUUCAACGAAGAGCGAGUGAACCGUAAGCGCUCGUGGGAAGAAGCCGAGCAGUUCUGUGAAGCCCUGGGAGCUCAUCUGCCCAGCUUCACUGAGUUCAACGAGAUGAGUUUACUUCAUGAGAUUAUGAGGGAUUCUGUUAGUAACGAUCGCUACUUCUGGGUCGGCAUGAACCGGCGAAAUCCGAACAACGACAACCGAUGGGAGUGGAGUGAUGGGCAGCCCGUGUCCAUGAAGAUCUUUCCGAAAGAGUUCCACGAGGACGACGAGUACAACCGAGACUGCACCGCCUUCAAGUCGUUGAAAAAGAGGUACAUACUUCUGUUCGUUUUCCUGACCGAACAAAAUCAGUUCUACCCCAAAGCCUUUCACUGCGACGCCAGGCUGGAGUGGGUGUGUCAGAUCCCCCGAGGUCAAACCCCGAAGAAUCCCGAGUGGUACAAUCCAGACGGACACCACGACACCUCGGUGUUUAUGGACGGACAGGAGUUCUGGUUCGUGAACCAGCCCAGGUUGUCCUACGAAGAGGCGAGUGUGUACUGCAGCAGCAACAGUAGCAGACUAGCCACGCCUCAGUCGUUCAACACGGCCAGACAUUUGCACGACCAUCUCUAUAAGCAUGCCCGUUUGGAUCAUUGGUGGUUGGACCUUCGUGAGCCUGGUCCCCUCGUUCCCAUGAGGUACGCUCAUAUCCACUUGGUUAAAUCGAGGUUCUUGGGCAGAUGUACUUCACUAAGUCCUGGAUCCUUCACACCAGAAUUCCGUGUAAGCUGCGAGACCAAGCUGCCGUUUGUAUGCGAGACGUUGAACGUCACAUCAUCCGAGACCGGACCACAAGAACCGCACCCACCUGGCAAACCGUGCGAGGACAAAGAGGUGGCUUUCCGGGACAAGUGUUACACAGUGACCAAGCCUGAGCUCCUGGGCUUCAAAGCAGCCAGUGAGGUGUGUCAGACCCUGAGGGGAACUCUCCUGUCUGUCCAAGAUCAGGCCGAACAGGAUUUCAUCACCACCCUGCUGCCCGGGAAACCAAAAAAGCUUUGGAUCGGAUUGAAGGACAAUCAGUGGGUGGACAACACGCCAGUGAAGUACCACAACUUUAACCCACUGAUCCAUGGCCAGCUGCGUCUUAUGUACAUCAAUUUGUUUGAGCAGGAUGGCUUGGAGCUCUGUGCCUAUAUGUUCAAUGAUCCUCAUUCAGACAUGCUGGGCACUUGGGAUUACACGUCCUGCUCUGAGGACCAGACCGUCGCUAUCUGCCAGCAUUAUGCAGAUAAGCCAGAGGACCCUGUGGUGAUCGAGGGCGAGUUCCAAGUCAACAAUAACACUUUCAAGCUGGUUUUGAAGGAGAACGUGACCUGGUACGAUGCUCUGGAGUUAUGUAAGAAGAAUGGGAUGAGCCUGGCCAGCGUGGCUGAUGCACACCAGCAAGCUGUGCUCACCGUCCACGUCAACAAAGCCCGGCGUCCGCUCUGGAUCGGACUGUUCAGUGAAAAUGAUAAGCAGUUCCAUUGGACGGAUCACACUCACACCGUGUUUAGCCGCUGGAGUGAAGAGAAUGCUGUAGGAGAGUGUGUUUAUCUGGACACCGACGGCUACUGGAAGGCCACAGAAUGUGGCGAGAUGCUAAAUGGGGCGAUCUGUCGCAAGCCACAAGAUAACAUCAUUGUUCCUUCCGGAGACUUUAAGAAGUGUCCUCAUGAGAGCAACGGACCCAACUGGAUCCCAUUCAAAAACAACUGCUACACGUUUCUGCUCCAGGCCACGAGAUGGCAGGAGCACGACAAGUACAGAGAGCAUGAGACGUGCCAGCGUCUCGUCGGAAAAGGUGACAUUCUGACCAUCCGGGAUGAAGAGGAGAACGAAUUCAUUAGGACGCAGCUUCAGCCUUAUAAAGAUCUGGCUUCGUUCGUGUGGCUGGGGAUGUACAGAGACGAGAAAGAUGAGAAACUGAAAUGGUACGAUGAUACCUACGUUCAGUACUCCAACUGGAAACGAGGAAGACCCACAGCCUCAGAGAACUUCAUGGCCGGUCUGAGUCUGUCUGGAGAAUGGUACCUGUUUGAGCAGGAACAACUUUUUAAACAGUUCAAGCAGAGGACCAUUGUGAUUUGCAAAAUCGAAAACGAUCCCAAAAACGAGUACCUGAAGGACCCAGUCGACGUGAAAUCUCCAUCUGGCUACAGCUUCCGCUUAGUUGCUAAGAAACUGAACUGGUAUCAGGCCCUGAAGGAGUGCAGCAGCGAUGGCGGCCAGCUUGUUAGCAUUCACAACGAAACCGCCAACAGGGAUAUGGCGCUGAUCUCCAAGCGAGACGGAUUUCCGCUCUGGACCGGUCUCUCCAGGUUGGACUUCAGCAGUUGGCCCUACGAGUGGUCAGAUGGGACGGCCUUGAAGUUCCACCCCGAAGGGUUUCCGAGUACGGACACCAUUUCAGAGGAGAAAUGCGUGUAUGUGGACUCUACAGGAAGCUGGACUGCAGUGAGCUGCCUUGCCGAGAUGGAGGGCGCCAUUUGUUACAACAGCAAUAAAAAGCCUCGGACCUCUGUUCCGCACAAUGUUAACUGUCCGGAGAGUAACGGGGAGGUUUCAUGGAUCCAGUAUAAAGACUUCUGUUACGCCAUCGUCAUGACCAUGUACAACACCUCGGUCUUCUCCAACAUGAACGCACAAAAUGUUUGUAAGGAACUGGAACCUUCCUCUCAUCUUCUGACCAUCAAGAAUAUGGACGAGAACGACUUUGUCACACGGCACGUUGCCGAAAACCCUCUCGCCACCUCCCGUGUUUGGUUGGGGCUGAGGACCAUCAAGAAAGAUGAAGCUGUGGUCUGGAUGGAUGGCAGCGAGCUCAAUUUCUCCAACUGGGCUCACUUUCAGCCCCGGCCCGGUUGCGGCGUUCUGGUGUCCAUGAACGGAACGUGGAGCACGGCGAGCUGCUCCGGGAGCCACAGCCGCGUCGUCUGCAAGGCGUCUGCCAAAUCUCAAGGUACUCCACUGGCCUUGUUCUUUUUCGUCUUCGUGCUGCUUUGCAUCAUCGGCCUCGUGGUCUUCGUCGUGUAUAAAAAGACCCGCCAUCGUUACACCUCGACGGUGCGAUACCGGAGGAACUUUGACGAAGCGGACAGCGCCAGUAUGAUCGCCGAGGCCGAGUGAACGGCGUGAUCGCCGCGCAACCGCGAAACACAGACGAAGAAAAAAAAUCAGGUUCCUGUGCCUUUUUUCCCCCCAGUGUUAGGACUCGACACAUUCAAACACCUCCAAGGCCUCGAGCAAAACGAAUUCUUUGUGUUUUCUCUGUUUAUACUGAUCCGCCCAACGGCUGCAGGGGGUUUGGAGUGAAUAUCACACAGGAAUGUCGAAUGAUUACUUUGUAGAUACUUAAAACAAAACAAAAAACGCAGCUUGUUUGAAUUUUAUUUAAAUUCCGUAAUUUUUUUUGUUUUUUUUUUUUUGUUUUUUUUUAUAAAAAGGCAAAUAUUGGGUAUGCUGCAGUAUUUUUUAUGCCGUUCUGUGGCAUCCUUGAGUUGAAUUUUUAGGUGUUUUUUUCUCUAAUGUUAAUUGCACUUUGUAAAAUAUCUCAAACUGGGAUCAUUUUAAAGCUUUAAUCCCGUUUCUUUUUCUUUUUUCUCUCUUCCACAAAAACUCCGCCUUCUAAAAUAUCAAACUACCGUGUGCUCAGUCCGCUCGUUUAAAUUUUACCGAUCUAUUAGAUGUAGUGAUCAAAAGAGGUUGGUUAGGUGACGUUUAGACACCGAUCGUAGGCCCCGACUUCACUACGAGCAUCGAGUCGCAUCGGAAAACGUUCCGCCGUGUGCGUGAAUGUCGUGAAAAUCGUACAAGACUCAAAAAAAAAAGUUACACAUAACACAGCUAUUAUUUCAGACUUUUAUUUACAGAGCGAACCUGAAAUCACUCUUUUAUUACACUGUGUAACAAAACGAAUGUAUCCGAUGCCUUUAUCUGACACGUGGCCUGACAGAGUUUACCUCUAUCUCACUCUUUGCACUCAAACUACUGACAUGUAAUGCACUUUAAACGUGUUUUCUCGCCGACUGCUUCCAAACUCAAGCACAAAAGGAGGGUGGGGUUUUUUUGUUUGUUUUUUUUGUUUGUUGUUUGUUUUUGAUUUUUGAUGAAAAUGUGUCGAAGCAGCACUCGAACAGCGCAGGGAUCGGAUGCUUGUAAAUGAUCUGUAAAUAUCUUUUAAGCUUUUCAUAGAUUUUCUUUUAGAUGUGUGAGACCAAAGAGGCUUCAAGAAAUCGCAAAAAUCUGAUCCAGCGUGAUCCUGCUCAGGUUUUCCUUCCUCCCCGAUUUACUAAAGUGACUGUUCAGGUUUGCGUAAUCAGACUCGCUCAAUAAAACGCCGUCUCUGUGA